UCGGCGACGCUGCAUUGGCAGUUGCACCCCAGCCACACCCGGUACGAGCCAUGUAGUCGGGCUACCCUCCACCGCGAUACACGGCGGACAAUUGUUGCUUCUGCGCCUACAGGUGGUACAUCUUCGUCUUCGAUCUUCGCGGAGCUCGUCGGUGUCGUCGCGUCCCGCCGUCGCUGGUGCCCGGGAAUUCCAUCGUCGUCGCCGCCUUCGUCACCCAUCGUCGUCCACGUCGUCGUUCUCGCCGUAGUCGUCCACACCGUCGCCGUUGUCGUCCACGUCGACCCAUCGUUCGUUCGUUCGCUCGUUCGUACCACGUCAGUGCAGUCGACGUUUACUGUCAUCGUCGUGAUCGUGGUCGUCGUGGUGGUGUUGGUCGUCGUGGUUACGGCUCGUGUACAUCCGUCCGGCGGUGCGACGCUGCACCGAUAGUCCCCGUCGGACUAUCGUCGGACACGUUUGGAGAAGAUGCGCAUCGAGACGUGAGCGCGAGAUCCCGGCCGAGGAUCUCGGCUCAUCGAAACAUCGACGACGCCGUCACCGGGACGAUUCGAAGGCGGGGUAACAUCGGCGAGCACGGUGCCACGGUGAAACGAGGCACAGUGAAAGGGGGUGGAAGUUGCCGUAGCUUCAGGCGCGCUCGCCGGUCGAAUCGCUCUCGACUGUGUGUGUGCAACCGCGAGGGGUUGUGAGAACGCGCAAGCGAGCGAGUGAGCCGGGGGUGCGAGGGUGCGCGCGGGAUUUCCGGGGUCGCGGAGAGGGCUAGAGGGAGCUAUCGACCACACACGUAAGGCGGCGGCGGCAGCGCUCUCACGCACACCGGCGCACACGGAUACACAACAUCGCGGACCUGUUGUCCAACUUGUUGCUCGUCCCUGCAAAGGCACAUACCCCGCCCACCCUCGGAGUCGAAGGAGAGCUCGUUUUCGAAAAAGGAGGACGGAUUGCGAGGGGUUGGACGUCGCUGUCGCGCGUAUCGAGACGCCGCGCUCGAGCUCCGACCCCGGAAACCGUGAACGAAGAGGACGAAGGAUAGCGAAAGGCAGCCCGCGAAUUCAACUGAAACGCAAAGAAAACGCUCUCUCGUGGCGUCGUAUAAAGAGGAGACCUUCAGAGAAAGAAUUUUUGCGACGAUUGAUACGUACAAUUUCUGAUCUUCGUACGAUCUCUGUGUACGAUUCUAGGCGGGGAAGAAGAGAGAGAGAGAGAGAGAGUCAAUUCGAUUCAUUCAGUUGGGAAUCAUUAGGCAGACUUUGCGAGAGAAUUUGGAUAUUGCAUCGUCUUUUCAGACUGUUUCGUACUCUGUGAGGGAAGCGAUCGAGAAAAAUGAAUAUGUAAAAGAAAAGCCGAGCCUCUCAUUCUCAAGGUGGAAUUCCUUGGAAAUUAAAUUUCCUACGAUCCAAGGGAACUGACGACGCACGCCGAGUACUUCAGAGGACCAACUCCUUAUAAAAACUCUAUCACUCGCAUAUUUAAACUCGUUACGUUCACAGCACCAUAAAAGGGAGUACAAUAGUGCAGUUGUCUGGAACUGGAGAACCUCCAGUUUGCAACAAAAAAAGAAGUCUGACAUUAUCAGCAAGCCAGACGGCAAUUACUCUCCUAAAUAAGUAAACCUCGAUAUCAAUAGUGAGGAAUUUCGGAAAUCGUUAAUCGAAACUCUCCCUCAUUCGACCGGAGGAAUCCGUAUAUUACCCCUAAGUAACUUUAAAGGCAAAUUCAACGUUUGUCGUUGGAGCAUCACGAUGAGGUCGUGGUCGUGGAAACGUGCACGUCUCGAGGCAGCGUCGAGAACGUCGAAAAUCGGCGAAGCAACGCAUCAGCUGGAACAACCAGGCGAGUGAAUCGUUAGAUUCGUUCGCGUGGCCGAGCGACGGAAAGCUUGGAACGAUACGCGUAUCACAUCCAGCGACGUAUGCACCACCAGGGUGGAUAACGAAAUCACCAUUGGUGAAGCGGAGACGACGAGACGAGGGACAAGGCCGGAUGAUCAGGACGCGCGCGUAGACGCGCGUGAAGCGAGCGAUGGUACCGGCGCCAUAAAGAAUGUUAGAAUAAUCUUCCACCCGUGAAUACAACGAAAGCAAUACUACAAACAAGUAUUCAAGCGGCAGAAGCUGCAUCUCGAGCCGAGCGUUUCGUCGUUCCUGAAGAGAGCCAUCUUCGCUCUUUUCGCGUGGCAAGGAAUAUUUGUCAAAUCCCUCUGUUUAAAGAGCGACCCGCUGAUAGACGACGAGUAUGUUGCAUCUCGGAAUACUCGAGAGGAACCGUGCGAACGAGACGAAUACCUGGAGCAUUGAUUGAACGAUCAAUCGAUGUCGUGUUCUUGAAAGUCUCCACGGAGAGACACUAUCUAAGGGAUAGAUCUGGCUUUUCUACGACGAGCGAGGACGAGCGAGGAAGUAGGACGAUAUAACUUAACGCGCAGAAGCGCGAUCUUUGCGAGGGAGGAACGUACGACCGAUAAUUCGCGAUCCUGAUCGCCGAAAUAGAUAUUUACAAUAAAGCAUCGAGAGGCAACAGACAGGAGAAAACACAGGAUACUCGAGACUCUCGAGGGGAUUGUGUACCGACGCGGUUGUUUGGUGAUCUUAGACGAUACUUCGAUAUUAAUCCCGGCGGGAGGAACGACGAUCAGCCAAGAUGCCACGGUGUUACAUGGUAAAGAAGGCCCUGUGCAACAAGUACAUAACCAGCGUUGCCAGAGGAUUCGAGAGCUGGGGCCGCGGUAGAAGCACGCCAUCGCCAACCACCAUGCAGCUGCCGGUCUCGCCCGUAGAGGGAUGCGUCGCACCCCCUGUUGCACAAGGAAGUCCGAACGUAGAAUCGAAGGACGCAACGACCGCUGUAGCCCUCGCGGUGACUCCGGUGGAACAAUCCUCAAGAGAACAGCCAAGCGGGAGCACGAAUGUCACUGCAACAACGACAACGACAACGGCGACGACUGCCAUCGUCAGGAAAACAACACCUAUAACAGAUUGUUCGACGCAAAUGGAGACGACUGCCGUGAUCACAUGCGUCACGUCUUUGGCGACGCCACCCACGACAGGAUCAACUGUUUCUACUGUCGAAGAGACGACGACGGCGACAACAACGACGGCGGUGACUUUGUCGAGCGUCAAAAGCACAAUCUCUGAAAAAGUCGAAAAGAUUGUUGCAUCAUCGACUGCGACAUCGCAUCAGCCAUUAACCAACGCAGAACCACCGUCCCCGACGUCUAGCACGUCGUCGUCCUAUCGUCUGGAAGAUACAUCGGAGUACUCGAGAGCAGCCGAAUCUAGAAUACGACUGGCGCCCGCGGCAUCUUGCAGCCCAUCAAUGAUGCCGAAUCACGUGUCGUCCAUGUUCAAGGAUCGUUCCGCGGCAGAGACAGAAGCGGCACAUGAUUUGUUAGAAUUGUCGCGGUCACUGCCACCAUUGCCACCACCAUCGGUUGCCAUCGGUCCACAGAGCGUAAUUGAGACUCCCGCGAGUGACGUUCAGGAGAUGACGGUCUACCAACCAGCUGAACAAUCGAUUUAUCAAGUAAACACAAUCGAAUUAACUGGCUCGACUAUUUACGGGCAUCAUCAUCAACAACAGCAACAACAGCAGCAACAACCCACUGCAACUGCCGGUAUUAUUUACGAAUCAAGUACGACCAUCGUGCCACCAUCGGGCAGUGUCUUUAUACCGUUGUCACCGGUACAGGAGAUCCUUCUAACUUACAGCACGUCCACCAUUCCAUGUACGUCGAUUGUUGCUCAGCAUCAACCGCAGCAUUCUCCCACGCAUCAACAGCAAACGCAAGCACAUCAAAAGCAGCAGCAAUUGCUGCUGCCCUUAAUGCAACAGCAACAGCCACAUCAUCCUCCAACGCAACAGCAAAAGCAACAACAAUCACAUUCUCCCACGCAGCAACAACAGUUGCAACAUCAUCAAUUACUGCUGCCGUUGCUGCAACAGCAGCAGCAGCCACAACAUCCUCCAAUGCAACAGCAGAAGCAGCAAGAACAGAAUUCUCCCACGCACCAGCAGCAACCACAAUCACAACAAUCGCAACAACCAUUGCAGCAUCAACAAUUGUUGUUACCGUUGUUACAACAGCAGCAACAACAUCCUCCACUGCAACAGCAGAAGCAACAAGAACAGCAUUCUCCUAUGCAGCAGCAGCAACCGCAAGUACAGCAACCGCAACAUUUGCAACAUCAGCAAGUGUUGUUGCCAUUGUUGCAACAACAGCAGCUACAACAUCCUCCAAUGCAACAACAGAAGCAGCAAGAACAGCAACUUCGCACACAACAGCAACAACAAAGUCCAGCCACGCAGCAGCAGCAACACCAAUUGAAUCAACAUCAACAAUUGAUGUUGCCAAUGCUGCAACAGCAGCAGCCAAAUCCACCAACGCAACAGCAAAAGCAGCAUUCUCCCACGCAGCAGCAGCAACCGCAGUCACAGCAACAACAUUUGCAACAUCAUCAAUUGUUGUUGCCGUUGCUGCAAGAACAACAGUCACAACAUCCUCCAAUGCAGCAACAGAAAUCGCAAGAACAACAGUCUCGCAUACAACAGCAACAACCGAAUACUCCCAUGCAGCAGCAGCAGCAGCAAUUAAACCAACAUGAACAAUUAAUGUUGCCAAUGGUGCAACAACAGCAGCCACAUUCUCCAACACAACAAUUAGAGCCGCAACGACAACAGCAGAUACAAUUACUCCAGCAGCAGCAACAGCGACUAUUGUUAUUACAGCAACAUCAACAAAUCGAAACGACAUCACCAUUGACGCCGCCGACUUCUGAAUGCAGUAGCGAUAUCGAAAAUAGUAAUCCAAACUCACAGCCUACGCAAAAGGACAAGGAGGUGCAAACUAUUACUGAACAGACGGAAGGAGUAAAACCGGCGAGUUACACAUACGAUACGUUGCUUGUCUCCGAUGGUAGGUCGAAGAACAAGAAAACUCCUGCCACGCAGAAAAACCAAGAAGACGAGCCAGUCGAGGUACCCGAGGUCUCCAAGAGCGGUCGUUACGUAUGCUGCGAGUGCGGCAAGCAAUACGCGACUUCAUCGAAUUUGUCGCGACACAAACAAACACAUCGCAGCAUUGACUCGCAAUCUGCCAAGAAGUGUAUCCAUUGCGGUAAGGCGUAUGUCAGCAUGCCCGCCCUGGCGAUGCACGUGCUCACGCAUAAACUUACGCACAGCUGUGGUGUGUGCGGUAAGAUGUUCUCGCGACCUUGGCUACUACAGGGUCACUUACGCAGCCACACCGGCGAGAAACCGUACGGAUGCGCUCAUUGUGGCAAGGCGUUCGCCGAUCGCUCGAAUCUGCGGGCGCAUAUGCAGACGCACUCGGCUGACAAGAAUUACGAAUGUCCCAAGUGUCAUAAGUCGUUCGCACUCAAAUCGUACUUGAACAAGCACCUAGAAUCAGCGUGCCAGCGUGAGAACGACGACACCAACAAUGACAUCGACACCCCGUCAUAAUGUCGGCAUCAUGCUGUCAAGGUGCUAGCACGAGAAACAACAAUGAUCAAAGGAGGUGACGGUCUACCAACCGGCUGAGCAAUCGACUUAUGAAGUAAACACAAUCGAGUAAACUGGCAUGAUUAUCUACGACUGCAUUAUCAUCAACAACAACAAAAGCAGCAGCAACACUGCAGCUGCUGGUAUUAUUUAUGAAUGAAGCACGACCAGUGUUCCACUCAGCAGCAGGCAGUGUCUCUAUACCGUAGUAACCAACAGGAGAUAGUUUUGACUUCCAACACGUCCAACUAUUCCAUACACGUCGUUUGUUGCAAAACAUCAACCACAACAUUCUCCUAUGUAACAACAGUAAUUGCAAGCGCUACCAAAGCAACAGCCACAUCAUCCUCCAACGCAAUAGAAAAAACAGCAACGGCGGCAUUUUCUCUCGCAGGAACCGCAGUAGCAAUAUCAGAAACAUCAAUUGAUUCAAUUCCAACAAGUGAUGUUCCGCUACUGCAAAAGCAAUCUCAUACAUACCCGUAACAGCAGAAUCCUCCCACGCAGCAGCAGCACCAUCAACAACAGCAUUGCAAAAUCAACAAUGUUAUUGUUGACGUUGUUGCAACAGCAGCAGCCAUAAUAUCCAAUUAAUGACAGAAGCAGGAAGAAUUUUCUCCCACGCAGCAGCAGCAACCGCUGCUGCAACAAGAACACUCUCAAUUGACUCGACAUCAACAAUUGAGCUUGUCGAUGUUACAACAGCAGCAGCCAUAAUAUUCUUCACUCACUAGCAGAAGCAACGAGAAGUGCAUUGUUCCACGCAGCAGUAGGAACCGCAGUAGCAAUAUCAAAAACAUCAAUUGAUUCAAUUCCAACAAGUGAUGUUCCGCUACUGCAAAAGCAAUCUCAUACAUACCCGUAACAGCAGAAUCCUCCCACGCAGCAGCAGCAACCGCAGCUGCAGCAUUGCAAAAUCAACAAUGUUAUUGUUGACGUUGUUGCAACAGCAGCAGCCGUAAUAUCCAAUUAAUGGCAGAAGCAGGAAGAAUUUUCUCCCACGCAGCAGCAGCAACCGCUGCUGCAACAAGAACACUCUCAAUUGACUCGACAUCAACAAUUGAGCUUGUCGAUGUUGCAACAGCAGCAGCCGUAAUAUUCUUCACUCACUAGCAGAAGCAACGAGAAGUGCAUUGUUCCACGCAGCAGUAGGAACCGCAGUAGCAAUAUCAAAAACAUCAAUUGAUUCAAUUCCAACAAGUGAUGUUCCGCUACUGCAAAAGCAAUCUCGUACAUACCCGUAACAGCAGAAUCCUCCCACGCAGCAGCAGCAACCGCAGCUGCAGCACCAUCAACAACAGCAUUGCAAAAUCAACAAUGUUAUUGUUGACGUUGUUGCAACAGCAGCAGCCAUAUAUAUCCAAUUAAUGGCAGAAGCAGGAAGAAUUUUCUCCCACGCAGCAGCAGCAACCGCUGCUGCAACAAGAACACUCAAUUGACUCGGCAUCAACAAUUGAGCUUGCCGAUGUUGCAACAGCAGCAGCCGUAAUAUUCUUCACUCAAUAGCAGAAGCAUCGAGAAGUGCAUUGUUCCACGCAGCAGUAGGAACCGCAGUAGCAAUAUCAAAAACAUCAAUUGAUUCAAUUCCAACAAGUGAUGUUCCGCUACUGCAAAAGCAAUCUCGUACAUACCCGUAACAGCAGAAUCCUCCCACGCAGCAGCAGCAACCGCAGCUGCAGCACCAUCAACAACAGCAUUGCAAAAUCAACAAUGUUAUUGUUGACGUUGUUGCAACAGCAGCAGCCAUAUAUAUCCAAUUAAUGGCAGAAGCAGGAAGAAUUUUCUCCCACGCAGCAGCAGCAACCGCUGCUGCAACAAGAACACUCAAUUGACUCGGCAUCAACAAUUGAGCUUGCCGAUGUUGCAACAGCAGCAGCCGUAAUAUUCUUCAUUCACUAGCAGAAGCAACGAGAAGUGCAUUGUUCCACGCAGCAGUAGGAACCGCAGUAGCAAUAUCAAAAACAUCAAUUGAUUCAAUUCCAACAAGUGAUGUUUCCGAUACUGCAAAAGCAAUCUCAUACAUACCCGUAACAGCAGAAUCCUCCCACGCAGCAGCAACAACCGCAGCUGCAGCAUUGCAAAAUCAACAAUGUUAUUGUUGACGUUGUUGCAACAGCAGCAGCCGUAAUAUCCAAUUAAUGGCAGAAGCAGGAAGAAUUUUCUCCCACGCAGCAGCAGCAACCGCUGCUGCAACAAGAACACUCUCAAUUGACUCGACAUCAACAAUUGAGCUUGUCGAUGUUGCAACAGCAGCAGCCGUAAUAUUCUUCACUCACUAGCAGAAGCAACGAGAAGUGCAUUGUUCCACGCAGCAGUAGGAACCGCAGUAGCAAUAUCAAAAACAUCAAUUGAUUCAAUUCCAACAAGUGAUGUUCCGCUACUGCAAAAGCAAUCUCGUACAUACCCGUAACAGCAGAAUCCUCCCACGCAGCAGCAGCAACCGCAGCUGCAGCACCAUCAACAACAGCAUUGCAAAAUCAACAAUGUUAUUGUUGACGUUGUUGCAACAGCAGCAGCCAUAUAUAUCCAAUUAAUGGCAGAAGCAGGAAGAAUUUUCUCCCACGCAGCAGCAGCAACCGCUGCUGCAACAAGAACACUCAAUUGACUCGGCAUCAACAAUUGAGCUUGCCGAUGUUGCAACAGCAGCAGCCGUAAUAUUCUUCAUUCACUAGCAGAAGCAACGAGAAGUGCAUUGUUCCACGCAGCAGUAGGAACCGUAGUAGCAAUAUCAAAAACAUCAAUUGAUUCAAUUCCAACAAGUGAUGUUUCCGAUACUGCAAAAGCAAUCUCAUACAUACCCGUAACAGCAGAAUCCUCCCACGCAGCAGCAGCACCAUCAACAACAGCAUUGCAAAAUCAACAAUGUUAUUGUUGACGUUGUUGCAACAGCAGCAGCCGUAAUAUCCAAUUAAUGGCAGAAGCAGGAAGAAUUUUCUCCCACGCAGCAGCAGCAACCGCUGCUGCAACAAGAACACUCUCAAUUGACUCGACAUCAACAAUUGAGCUUGUCGAUGUUGCAACAGCAGCAGCCGUAAUAUUCUUCACUCAAUAGCAGAAGCAACGAGAAGUGCAUUGUUCCACGCAGCAGUAGGAACCGCAGUAGCAAUAUCAAAAACAUCAAUUGAUUCAAUUCCAACAAGUGAUGUUCCGCUACUGCAAAAGCAAUCUCGUACAUACCCGUAACAGCAGAAUCCUCCCACGCAGCAGCAGCAACCACAGCUGCAGCACCAUCAACAACAGCAUUGCAAAAUCAACAAUGUUAUUAUUGACGUUGUUGCAACAGCAGCAGCCGUAAUAUCCAAUUAAUGGCAGAAGCAGGAAGAAUUUUCUCCCACGCAGCAGCAGCAACCGCUGCUGCAACAAGAACACUCAAUUGACUCGGCAUCAACAAUUGAGCUUGCCGAUGUUGCAACAGCAGCAGCCGUAAUAUUCUUCACUCAAUAGCAGAAGCAACGAGAAGUGCAUUGUUCCACGCAGCAGUAGGAACCGCAGUAGCAAUAUCAAAAACAUCAAUUGAUUCAAUUCCAACAAGUGAUGUUCCGCUACUGCAAAAGCAAUCUCAUACAUACCCGUAACAGCAGAAUCCUCCCACGCAGCAGCAGCAACCGCAGCUGCAGCAUUGCAAAAUCAACAAUGUUAUUGUUGACGUUGUUGCAACAGCAGCAGCCGUAAUAUCCAAUUAAUGGCAGAAGCAGGAAGAAUUUUCUCCCACGCAGCAGCAGCAACCGCUGCUGCAACAACAGCAAGCUCAAUUGACUUGACAUCAACAAUUGAGCUUGCCGAUGUUGCAAUAGCAGCAGCCGUAAUAUCCAAUUAAUGGCAGAAGCAGGAAGAAUUUGCUCCCACGCAGCAGCAGCAACCGCUGCUGCAACAAGAACACUCUCAAUUGACUCGACAUCAACAAUUGAGCUUGCCGAUGUUACAACAGCAGCAGCCAUAAUAUUCUUCACUCACUAGCAGAAGCAAUGAGAAGUGCAUUGUUCCACGCAGCAGUAGGAACCGCAACUACAGCACCAACAACAACAGCAUUGCAAAAUCAACAAUGUUAUUGUUGACGUUGUUGCAACAGCAGCAGCCAUAAUAUCCUCCAAUAGCAGAAGCAGGAAGAACGGUAUUCUCCCACGCCGCAGCAAGAACCGCAAUGCAUUCGCUGAUGGCUCGAAUCUACGAGUGCUGAUGCAGACACAUUCAACAAGACAAGUGCUCUAAAUGUUAGAAUUUGUACUCAAAAUGUACUUGAACAAGCAGCUAGAAUUAACGUAUCAGCAAUUGAGGCCGACGAGACCAACAACGACGUCGACACCGUUAUAUUGGCGGGAUCAGAGUGUCGAGGCGCUAAUGAUAACUAUCAACGAUCAGAGGUAACGAGAUUUUUAUUAAAAAAAAGAAAUAAUGAGAAAGAGAUAGCUUUGCAUCUUUCGAAAAUUGACAUUACCCUUUUUAUCGUUUUCUGAAAAAUUCUUUGCACAUACCGUGAUAUUAAUUUUGUAUUUUGGACGAGUCUUAUGUAGAAGUAAUAUCCUGCCGGAGAGAGAUAUCUCAAUAAUCUUAAUAGUUCUAAUAAUAAGUCUUAAUCCUCGGCGGGAAUCACAGAGAUACAUCUAAAUUGUAUCAUCAGAUAUUAUUUAGACGUGAAGCAUAAAAAGAGUUGUGCACAUUUAGUAGUAGAAUAUAAAAUAACAUAAAAAGAAGAAAAAAGAAUAUAAAGUCUAAAAAGUGGAAGACUGUACAUGUAAGAAAAUUUGGUAAAAACUUUAUAAAAAUAAUUUUAAAAAAUUUUUGCUAGUGAGUUUUUUGAUGUGCAAUUUGUUGUCUGUGUGUUGUAAUAAGCAUAGAUCAUUGCAGCGCAAUAAUGUAACAAAAUUUACGUCACCUCCCGAGGAUUAAACUUGCUGUUUUCUGCGAUCGAUCAUGACUGCUCUCGCAUCUAAACCUGAUAGCGCCUUAUGCUAACUAAGGAAUCCGCAAUUUCCAGUCGGUCGACGUAGACGGAAAAUUGCAGUGACAUCAUCUGAUCGACAGUAUAGAAAUUCGAAAGAACGAAACUAAUGUAUGUUGCAAGUAGUUAUAUACUUUUGUAAGCUGAAGUAAUAAAUUAUUAUUAUUAUAUACUUUUGUAUGGACUAAAAAGAAGGAUAGGAAAGAGGAAGAUAAAAACAUGAAUCUGCUGCACGCUUUUCGUCGUCAUGCAGUUCAAUAAGAUUUUUUUCGAAAUAUAGAAUAAGUUAAUAAUUUGCUAUUGUCGUCGAAAAAAGAAUUAUGCAUCAGAUGUUGAAUUUCCGAUAACAUCGAGUUUUAACGGAUAUCUCCCGGUAAACGCAAAAGUAAUUCAAUUUACUCACCAGCUUAAAUGUCGUGGGCGGUUAGCGAGAAUCUCAGCUCAGGGAACGAAGACGAGGGAAUUGAUAUAUCGAUGUUUUUGCAUCUCGCGCUUGUCUCUUCCUCUCGCGGUCGCAGAAGUCUCUUUCUGAAUAUUUUUCCUUCUCACGCGGCGCGCCGCUUGUUCGAACGCGCUCGGUUAUACGAGUUAUUUUGAGAGUUUCAUAUCUUUUCUUUCUUGUAAUCCGAUUUGUGUAAUUAUUAUUAAUCCAAUCAAUUCAAUCCACUUGCACACACUUGUAAUAUUUGAAGAGAGUAGAAAUUCUUGUUACAUUGUUUACUUUGAAAACUUGAGAUUCUGUUCGUCGAUGCUUUGCACUAUUUUUUUACGUAUCGCACAAGAUAUAUUUUUCACAGGAGUAGCAUAAGAUGCUACUCCUACCUUAACUCGAGCAAUGAUACGAAGAGACUGACUGCUUAGCUGACUGGGUUUCGAAAAUUCGACGAACUAUCAUUUUGGGAAUUUCCUACAUUGGGAAAAACCCAUUUCUAUUUUCUUACCUGCUACUUACAAUCUUUAUAGGAAAGAAUAUUAUAAUUUAUAAUUUUUAUAAAUAGGAAAGAAUAUUAUAAUUUAUAAUUUUUAUAAAUCGGAAAUUCUGAAAUGAAAAAUUGGACACAACAAUAAAAGAAAUAUAACAGAGAUGAUUCCGUUAAAAGUUAAUGUUUUUUUAAAUCUUUUAAAACUUUUCUUAUUGCAUGUAGGAAUUUAUAAUAUAUUUUUUUACUCGGGUUUUACUUUUAAUAAGUCUGCUGUGCAAUAAACCCAACGACAUAUAUAAAUAGACCAAGCAUUCCCUCAAAAACGUGAAAGCGGAAGUUGGCAGCGAGACUGAGUGAGAGAGCUGCUUUGCGUCUACUGCUCUCUCACUUCGAUGUACGCGAAGAGUGAGAGAGCAGUAGACGCAAAGCAGCUUUCUCUCUCAAUCUCGCUGCUAACUUCCGGUUAGGGUCUGCUGUAGAGAGAAUGCUUGAUCUCUUUGUAUAUAUCGUUGAAUAAACCUGAAAUAAUGCAGUGCAAUAAAUCUGGGACAAUGCAGUGCAAUAAAUGGGUACUUUAGCCAUAAUACAUUUAGCCAUCUCUUCUUACAUCCCAAGAAUCGUUAUUAUCACGGAUGUACCUCGUUUCGUCAUUUCGCAGAAACAGACACGAGUCGGGGAUGUUUUCCAAAAUUGAUUAGCAUAAAAAUUCGCAAUAUAAAUAUAAAAAUCGCGAAUAAAACAGCGCGAUACAUUUUUUCGCGUAGUUCAAGAAUUACUUUUUUCAUCCACACCUUCGCUCGAUGGUCAAACUGCAUAGUUUAUUUUAAAUACUAUAUAUAAAUUUUAAAUAUACUCAAUGCGGCGAUAAAAAGUUCGUUAUUUCCUCGCAAAAAAAUGAUGAUUUUAGUCACGGUAUUUGCGAAUGUCUUCACUAAUUUUGUUUGUCGAAAGAAUUUCAAGACAACAUUUUUAAAGCAUUAAAAUUAAGAACAAGUGCGGCACACGUGUGAGUUAUCUCGGUACUUCUAGAUAGAUCGUCAAUUUGUAAGAAUUUCACUGGCAGAAAAAACCAUGCCACUUUCUCUUUCUAAUGCGAAUCGAUUCUUUCUGCUUGCAUUUCGAAAGCGCAUUGCAGUGAUUUUUCCUGAAAUCCUUAAAAGUAACACGUGUGGAUGCUCGUAGAAAGUUUUCAUCAACAUUUCACGGAAACUGAGCCACCUGUUGAAUGCAGAAAUGACCAUUCGGUGGCAAAAGGGUCGCUCACACUGCUCACCCUGAAUUAUGGAACGCAUCAUUUCCUCGAUUGUUAAAAGCGCGAGCAAGAUCGCGGUCAAUUGCGACAUUGCGACAUUUCGUCCAGGUUUAUCUAUGUUUUUCCUACGUCCGCGAGAAAGUUAGGUCGUCAACCGGGGAGUUGUAAAGGACUUUUCUCAUCCGAAGAAAUGGUGGAUGGCGGGUUAUUUGCGCAUUGCAGAAACGUAUUUCUUCGAGCGUAAUUCUUAAUAUAUCUAGUGCAUCACUUAUACGGUUUAUUUUAACGUAAAUCUUUAAUAUUCAAUGCGAUGAAAUUAGCUUUUCCUUACUGAGACCCUUUUUCCAUUAAAUGAGCACGUGCUUAUAUUUAUAUUGUUAUACCAAAGUUCCUAUAGACAAAGCUUUACGUUAGGUGGAUGGACAGGUCAAUAAACUAUCCUUUCCCGUUCUAUCUAUUUAUUAUUGUAAUCUCUAAUAUUUCUCGAGCUUGAAGUGAAAAAUGUGUUAGUUUAUCAAGUAGUAAUUCGAUUUAAUUCUUGAUCUAAAACAUUUUUGUAUCCUUGUCCAUUGAACAUUCCAUUGAAAAAGUAGAGCCCAGAGAAAUGUUUCAUCACGUUCUUCAUUUUAUUAAGUUGUGAAAAGUUUUCGGAAGAUGGAAGUGAACUCUGCCUCGUCAUUUCACUUUGAAUGAUCUUCAGUGUACGGUCAUUAAAUUUUUUAUGAAAAAUGCAAGCAGAAUUCACGUUUAACAAACGUACAGUGUAACGCAUUGAAAAAAGA